UGUCUGCUUGGCUAUCUUUCUGUAGAAACUCCCCUCCAACUCUCUCCUCCCCGCCCCUCUCACUGAUUCAACAGUCUCUGCUCAGCCUGCUUGUCUAAACCUGGCCUCAGACCCAAACCCCACCUCUUAGAGUUUUACACAACUCCAAGAAAUCAGCACAGUGAAGUUUCUGUUGUGAAAUCGUCAGUCUCUCUGUCUCACUGCAGCAAGAAUGGCUUCAAACUUGUGGUCAGAGGAGCACUUGAACUGUCCAGUGUGUCUGGAGCUAUUGAAGGACCCAGUCACUACAGCAUGUGGACACAGUUACUGUAUGGGGUGUAUUAAGAACUUCUGGGAUCAGUCUGAUCAUACAGGUGUCUACAGCUGCCCCCAGUGCAGAGAGAUCUUUACCCCAAGGCCUGUUCUGCGCAGAAACACCGUGCUGGCUGAGGUUGUGGAGAAAUUAAAGAAGACAGGACUCAAUCCUCCUCCUGCUCAAAGUUAUGCUGGACCUGGAGAUGUGCCGUGUGAUGUCUGCACUGGGAGAAAGUUCAAAGCUGUGAAAUCCUGUUUGAUGUGCCUGGCCUCUUACUGUGAAACACACGUCAAGCCACACAGUGAGGUUACUCCAUUAAAGAGGCACAAGCUGAUCAAUGCAAUUGGAAAUCUGGAGCAGAAGCUUUGUGCUGCACACCAAAGAUUAUGUGAAGUCUUCUGUAGAACAGAUCAGACGUGUAUUUGCUUGUUGUGUUUACAAAAUGAACACAAGAGCCAUGAUACAUUCUCAGCUGAGGCAGAAAGGACUGGGAAACAGAAGCAGCUGGGAGAGACACAGACAGAAAUACAACAGAGAAUCCAGGAGAGACUGAAAGAAAUUGAUGAGCUGAAACAGGCUGUGGAGUCACUGAAAAGAUCUGCAUGCAUAGAAAUAAAGGAAAGUGAGAAGAUCUUUACUGAGCUGAUCCGAUCCAUUGAGAAGAUCCACACUGAGGUUAUUGAGCUGAUUGGAGCUAACAAGAAGGCUGCAGUGAAUCAGGCUGAAGGACGCAUGAAGAAACUGCAGCAGGAGAUUGCUGAGCUAAGGAGGAGAAACACUGAGCUGAAACAGCUUUCAGAGACAGAGGAUCACAUCCAUUUUCUACAGAAUUUCCAGUCUCUCUGUGCCCCUCCUGAAGCUGGAGACUUACCCAGCGUUACUGUCAAUACAGACAUCUCUUUUGAGGCUGUGAGGAAAGCUGUAUCUGAACUUAAAGACCAUAUUGAGGACUUCUGCAAGGGGGAAUUAGUCAAAAUAACCAUCUACCCGUUCUCUUCUCUUCAAUCAGAUUCCUGUCAGCUCACACUGGACCCCAACACAGCGCAUAGAGAGCUCUGUCUGUCUGAAGGGAACAGAAAGGUGACACGGGGGGGAGAGACCCAGAGAUAUCGUCAUCACCCAGAGAGAUUUGAGAACUGGGCCCAAGUGCUUUGCAGAGAGGGUUUGUCUGGGACUCGCUGUUACUGGGAGAUUGGGAGGAGUGGGAGAGGGGCUCUUAUAGGAGUCACAUAUAAAGGAAUCAGCAGGAAAGGAGGGGAUUAUUCCUGUCUCCUUGGAUGCAAUGACAAGUCCUGGAGUUUGGAAUGCUCUGGUUCCAGUUACUCUGUCCAGCACAAUAACAAUUGCACUGCAAUAACUGCCCCCCACUACCCCAGAAUAGGAGUGUAUCUGGACUUUAAUGCCGGCACGCUGUCCUUUUAUGGCGUCUCUGACACAAUGACCCUCCUGCACAGAUUCCAAACCACAUUCACUGAGCCGCUCUAUCCUGGGUUUUGGCUUAAUUCUGGUUCCUCUGUAACAAUCUGCCAGCUGAACUAGACUGUUUUGUGUUGUAAGAAACCCUUUGUAUUGAACUCCCUGUCUGUCCUCUCCACUCCUCGGGUGAAGGGAAUGUUCAAUCUGACACAACUUUGGAUGAAAGUUAGGGGGUAAAACGGCGCCACCUGCAGAGCGAAACGAGGUGAAUUAUUUGUUUUAGCAACGAAUGGAUUUCAUACGAAAUAACUGUAUUUAAUUUAUUUUUUAAAAAUUGUUAUGUUUUAUAUAUAUUUUAGAAAAUGUCAUCCAAUACUCAGUGCUGUAACAGUUUUUAAAAAAGUCAACUUAAGUUUGCUUUAUUGUAUGUGUGUGUUUGUAUUAUUGUAUUGUAUUGUGUGUUUGUUUUCUUUGA